GGCCGGAAGUCGGGCGGGAGCGCGUCCCCAGCGGGCGAUGGAGGGGCCUCCGGCGGACCGUGGGCUGUCGCGCGAGGGGUCGGCGGAGGAGGCCGAGCUCCAGGGAGCUGCCUGGAGCGGGGACAGCGGCAACGUGUCGCAGAGCCACAGCAGCGCCUCGGGGCCGUGGGAGGAUGAGGGCCCAGAGCCGGGCGCGCCGGGCCGCGACCUGCCGCUGCUGCGCCGCGCCGCCGCGGGCUACGCCGCCUGCCUGCUGCCCGGAGCCGGGGCGCGGCCCGAGGUCGAGGCCCUGGACGCCAGCCUGGAGGACCUGCUCACCAGGGUGGACGAGUUCGUGGGCAUGCUGGACAUGCUGCGCGGGGACUCCUCCCACGUCGUCAGCGAGGGCGUGCCUCGCAUUUACGCGAAGGCCACCGAGAUGCGGCGGGUCUACAGCAAGAUCGACCGACUCGAGGCCUUCGUGGCGAUGAUCGGCGCCAGCGUGGCCAGGAUGGAGGAGCAGGUGGCCAGGGCGGAGGCCGAGCUGGGCGCCUUCCCCAGCGCGUUCCGGAAACUGCUGCACACGAUCGCCGCGCCCUCCUUCUUCAACAAGGCGCCCUCCGGCCGGGCCCCGCAGAGCGGCUACGAACCCCCGGUCCUGUUUCGGACCGAGGACCACUUUCCCUGUUGCAGCGACGGACCUCAGAUCUGAGGCCGCCGGACGGCCCUGCAAGGGCACGCUCGCCGCCUGAGACGGUCUCGAGUGUUCCAUCGGUGGGGAGUUCCGCGGACUGACACCCACGACGUUGGAGCCUGGCACAUUUGUCUUUUGCACACUCCUAUUUCCCGCUAUCUUCAUGAUGCGUAAGGAUGUAUGGUUUUGUGUGUCUUGCAGGGCUAAACUGAGGACGGCUUGGUCCGGGGGUGGGGGCGUCGGAGAAGAAAAUCGAGCUUUUUUCUGUGCCCUGUGGCAGAACUGUUGUUUUUCUGGGUUUUACAGCUCAACUGACAGUAAAAACUUUUCCAAGUUGAUAGGUUUUAUACUCUUAAGAAAAACUGCUGAGCUGUUCAGGUCUUGUUAAUGUUCGAUCUAGUAGUGAUUCCAUGUUCUGUAGCUUACUUUUAGCGUAGAUGGUAAGUUAUUUCACUUUAUAUUAAACCUUACAUAUCAUGGGUUGUAAGCGAAGGAAAUGAUAGAGUCCCUGAGAUGUAUUGAUUUAUCUCAUCGAAUUCUGAAGUCGUGUUUGAAAGUAUGCCCCCACAAUCUUCGUUUGUCCUCGGCAAACAAGUUUAUAUGUGGUUGCCAACAUUUGGUUUAUAAUUUAAAUAUUAAUAAAAAAUUUGCAUUUUA